AUUGCAUCGACUAGGUCACACAAUGGCGCUCUCGAAAGUGACAGAUAGGAUAGCGAAGCUAGUGAAUUGCGGUUCAAAGGCAUCUGCUUUUGUAAUAAAAGAAGCAACACCUAGAUUAAGUAAGUUCAAGGAGUAUGCACGGGUAGAAUUAAGACCACCUACACGUGCCGAUAUAAAACCAGCUAUGGAACAAGCAAACAAGCUAUUUACUGCUGCGAAAAGCGGUGCUUGGAAAAAUGUUACCGUCAAGGAGGGGUUUAUUAAUGCUUUAGUGACAGCAGAAGUGUUAUGUUGGUUUUUCAUCGGUGAAAUGAUUGGUCGAAGAAGCUUCCUUGGCUAUAGUCGUGUACCAGGUGCCUACUUGAAACACCAUUAAUCUUUCAACUAAGUAGCACUUUUGUUGAUCGCGAAUUGUGUAGAUAUUAUAGAACCUAAAUAUAUAAAACAGCAGACUCGUUAUGCACUAAUUUUUCUUGCUUAUAUUUGAGUCCGAGGUGACAGGAUUGAUAAGGCAUUCCCGUUCACUUAUGUGAUCAAAGUGAUGAUAGUAAAAGUGUGUGGGAUACACAAUCAUGGCAAGUUGCCGGCUAUUUCUGACUGGUGACAGUAUAAUGAUGGGCGUUUCAUACAAUCAUUUGGAAAUUGGGGUAUUUAAGACCUUAAGAGAUGUAAUGUUGAGGAUCCGCGCUGUCAUACAUAGGUCAACAGCCGCUCACCCAAACGUUUGGAAAGCCAAUAAACCUGCAGUCCGAAAUGCAGCAACCCUAGCUGACCGGUCUGUUAAUACACACCAGACUCGAGGAGGCUUGGAUGGGAUUUAGGAAUACACUAGAUUGCGUCACUGCACCCUUUGUACCUUGGUCUACACCUCGAAAACUCUCGCAUUAACCACCUUGGAUUCGUAAUGAAAUAAGGUUAUUAAGAAAACGGAAGAACUUAUGGGACCGGUUUGCUGUGACUGGGAGGGAGGAGUUUCGGAUGGAAUACCAAAAAUUUCGAAACCUGUGUAAGUAUAAGUUUGACUUAAGUUAGUACUGGAUUGUGUGCAUUAUCCAAAAAGACUGUAAUCGUUUAUCAAGCGCAGGAAUAAAACCAGCAGUGGUUUACCGUCCCUCAAUAGCAACACUGGAGAGGCGACCGAGUCAGAUGAAACAAGCUGAAAAGCUCUCCGAAUACUUUUGCGAUGUUUUCUUUCCUAAUCGUACCACUCAGGGGUGUAGCGAGGUCACUGAUGUAGCCAAUAAAAUGCCCACAGUUGUGGUACAGGAUGCAGUGGUUCUCUAACUACUGUCUGAGCUGAAGCCAGGUAAAUCACCUGGACCUGACGGACUUCACCCUAGACUGCUAAUCUCCUUGGCGGAUAUAAUAUACAUUCCACUUAUGGAGAUUUUUCAAAUGUCUCUGACCCAGGCUAGGCUACCCAGGAACUGGAAAGAUGCUUUUAUAAGCCCCAUCUUCAAAGAUGGGAAAGGCAGUUAGUAUCUAACUACAGGCCUGUAAGUCUGACUUGCAAUGUAGCAAAGAUGUUAGAAAAACUCAUAAGUGAUCAGCUCUUAGCUCAUAUGAAAAAACAUGGCUUACUGGGAGUAGAACAGCAUGGAUUCCGACCAGGACGAUCCUGCUUGACAAACUUACUGUUAGCUAGGGAAGACUGGGUCGAGGCCAGGGAUAAGAACCAUCUACUGGACGUUUCCUUUAUCAAUCUUAGUAAAGCACUCGAUAAGGUGUCCCAUUUAGGUCUUCUUAGUAAACUUAAACGUUCUGGAUUAGACUGACGUUUAUGUGAGUGGUUUAGUGACUGCCUGAUGGAUAGAAGGUAAGGGUUAAUGGUUUAGUGUCAAGGUGGAAAGCAGUACUAAGUGGAGUACCUCAGGGAACUGCACUUGGCCCCCUGCUAUUCCUAUUAUACGUAAAUGAAGUGCCAAAAGUUCUUACCUCACCUUCCUUACUAUUUGCGGGCGACAUUAAAAUAUGGAAAACCGUAAAUUGUAACGAUGAUAGGUUGGUACUACAAAACGAUCUAGAUAAAUUAACCGAAUGGGCUAACCUUUGGAGUCUGGAAAUUAAUUCCAAGAAAAGCGCUGUAAUGCACCUAGGUCAGAAGUCUUACACGUCGUAUUCCCUGAGGGACACAGAACUGCCAGAUGUUAGGGGACAAAAAGACCCAGGAAUUAUUGUAAGCCAUGACUUAAAAAC